AUGGAAGUGAAUAGUGCGGGGAAUGCAUGGAAAGAUAUAUUCUUAAAUAUAGUUGAUAAGCCAUCUCCGACAAGAGUCAUGCGAGUCAGAAAUAAACCCGCUCCUUGGUUAAAUUCUAAGUUAAAAGAGGAAAUGUAAGAACGUGACUGGCUAAAGAAAAAAAGCUUCAGAAACGCAGCGGCGAGAUGUUUGGAAGGCAUAUAAAACUAAAAAGUUAACGGUUAACAAAAAAGUAAAAAAGACAAAGAAGGAUUAUUACAUACAUUAAAUAGAUGGAGCCUCUGGUAACCCGAAAGCAACUUGGAAAAUUCUUAACGACCUAAUGAGUAAGAAAUCGGACAGCACACAGAUUAAUGAUUUAAAGACAGAAAAUUCUGGGCCUUUAUCAGAUCCCGAGAAAAUGGCUGAAUACUUGAAUAUUCACUUUACAAACGUUGGGCCGAAACUUGCAUCUGAAAUCCCUACGGUGGAUUGUGAUGCAAAUCCAGCUGAUUCCCAACAGCGCGUUAAUUCUUCUUUUGAACUGAAGGAAGUGACGAUCUCUGACGUGUUUAAAAAGCUGCAGGAAGUAAAUGUUGCAAAGGCGACUGGUCAUGAUAACAUCCCAAACAAGAUUUUAAAAAUAGCGGCUCCAGUUAUUUCUUUAUCGUUAGCUGACCUUUUCAACCUCUCGAUUACUACAAAUACUUUUCCAGAUAAUUGGAAAGUUCCAAAGGUCUUUCCGCUAUUUAAAUCAGAACGAAAUGAUCCAAAUAACCUUAGACCGAUUUCUGUCUUACCAACUAUAGCCAGAGUUUUUGAACGAUUAUUUUAUGAGGAGAUGUACGCCUAUUUUACGGAAAAUACAAAUGUUUCAUAAAUGUUAUUGAGUGAUUUUGUCCCUGAAAUACCUAGUUCUAGAUGUCAACAUAAGCAUCCAUUCGGAUAGUUGGUUUUAAGCCAGGCGGCAACCAUUUUCCAGUGAAUUAAGCCAGGCGGCCCCGCCUAACCUUAAAUACCUGGGGAGAACACUAGCGCAAAGUGUUUCAACUAAUUUUGUCGCCGAUUGUAGGUUGAUUCUCAAUUUUCUUUGUCUCCUUGCCUUAAUUCAUGAAUAAUCAGGACUAGGAGACAAAAAAAAUAUUGAAUCCAUCUAGGGUAAAACAUUUUAACUUGCAUUUAGUUUUCACCUGUAAUACACACCUGCCCCCACAAAACAGCCCCCUUCACACAAUGGCCACCAAAAAAAUUAAUAGUUUAAAAGGUAGCUAUAUUAUGUAUGGGAUCAGAUGUAACACCACUCACCUUGAUUAUUUUUCUGGACUGCUCACAUUCGCUAUAACUCCCUGACCUCACAAUUGAUCUUCCCUGCAUGGUGAAAACUUUUAACAUGGCAUGGAAGAUUACUUAAAAUGAGGAAGAUUAUGUAACUGGCAAUAGACGAAUCUUGGCAGACCUCAUCAAUUACAUGUGAAUUUUUGCUCACUAGCAUUGUUAACCCACAGAAGUAGCCUAGCCUGAGAAAACAGCCAAACUUAUGCAUCACACCAUCAGUUGGUUUCCCCAUGAGAUUACACCUGAGGAACAACGACAGAUGUUACUGCCCAGAAUUUGGUAGUGCUUCAGAUUGGUUGAAGCAAACUUCCCUCACAGCAGUGACCAAUCAGAAGCACUACUCAGAUCAGGGUAGUAACACAUCAUCACUGCGGAAUUUCUCCAGUCGUUCCUCUCAAACCGAGGGUUGUCCAAUGCUCACAACCAAUCGUACCAUUGGUAUCAAUGGACCAUCGGUUUGACGAAUCGUAUCCGUUUGUGUAUAUUGGACAUGUGUGUUUGGGAAAGGCUUUUGUUGCGAAAAAAGCAGCUCUGAGUUCGAGGACGUUUAUGUGAUGUCUGGUUUGCGGUUAGUUCCUGGCAGCAUGAGCUCCAGCCUGCUUUGGAUGCGUCUGAAGUUCUUUAUAGAUCUGAGUCAAAGGAAUUGAUAACAAUUCCAUCCAGAGUCGUUAACUUCUGAAACCACCUCCGUAGCGGUUCGGUCGGAGUGUUGCUGUUCAGGUGCACAGACGUCUCGUAAUUGCGAUGAGAUGCCUUAAGGUAUUUUAUGAGUUUUAUUUGUAGGGACCUGUCAGUUAAGGGGGCCUGCCAGAUGGCGGGGCGAGCCACCUCCAGUUUCUUUAUGAGGCUUGCCACUUUGCGAGCCGAUGGGGUGGGGUUGCACAACAUCUGUUGACAUUUAAUUUGUUUUGUAAGGUCAGGAUUUUCUUCUCUGGGAGACUGAAUAACAUCGUCAGUGAGUUUAUGGAGACACCAACAAACGUAAAAUGA